GGGAGCGGCGGGAAGGGAGGCGGCGAGCGGGAGGAGGGAGCCCAAUCGCGCGGCGCCCCCGCCCCGGCCCCGCGCGGCGCCGCCUCCGCCAUUGCUGCGAGCAGGAGCGGGCGACGCGGAGGCUCGGAGCGCGGUCGGAGCCCAGACCUGCCGGAGCCGGGCGUGAGGCGGCAGCCGCGGGUCUCCCGGAACCAUGGUGAAGUUGGGGAACAAUUUCGCGGAGAAAGGCUCCAAGCAGCCGCUGCUGGAGGAUGGCUUCGACACCAUCCCCCUGAUGACGCCCCUCGAUGUCAAUCAGCUGCAGUUCCCGCCCCCGGAUAAGGUGGUGGUGAAAACUAAGACCGAAUAUGAACCUGACCGCAAGAAAGGCAAAGCACGUCCUCCCAAGAUCGCCGAGUUCACCGUCCGCAUCACCGAGGGUGUCACCGAGAGAUUCAAGGUGUCCGUGCUGGUCCUCUUUGCCCUGGCCUUCCUCACCUGUGUUGUCUUCCUGGUCGUCUACAAGGUGUACAAGUAUGACCGCGCCUGCCCCGAUGGCUUUGUCCUCAAGGACACCCAGUGCAUCCCCGAAGGCUUGGAAAGCUACUAUGCGGAGCAAGACCCCAGCGCUCGGGAGAAGUUUUACACAGUCAUCAACCACUACAACCUGGCCAAGCAGAGCAUCACCCGCUCCGUGUCGCCAUGGAUGUCGGUUCUGUCGGAAGAGAAGCUCUCAGAGCAGGAGACUGAGGCCGCUGAGAAGUCCGCUUAGCGAGGUGGGCAAGUUCCUUACCGUGUUACUUGAAGGUAACAAAGGGACUCUGAGGGACAUUUCAUUAAAUAUAAUUACUGAUAAUUUAGAGGUUACUCGUAUGGUGCAACUGCUUCUUGUUUGCUAACGCUGCUUUGCAAAUACAACUUGCCGCAGACCAGCCACGGGCAUAAAAUCAAGUGCAUACCAGCAGUGCUUAAAGAGCUCUGACACCACUUUCCAUGCUAAGGAAUCUUAAUUUAGCGACUUUACUGGGAUUUAUUGGAUGCUGUCAAAAAAUAAAUUUACACUGGAUAUGCAAGGGGUUUGGACUUCAGAUAAAUAAUGCAUUUUGUGGGACUGAUUUUUGUUUUUUUUAAAUCACCUUGCUGUUUGCAAACCUGACUCCAUAGCCAUAUCUAGAGUGAUUCCCUCGCUUUGCUAAGAGCAAGCUGUACUUCACGUUUCUUCCCGCCUCCCGUCCAUGGCAACAGUGCCGAUGGUCAAGACGCACCACAGUGAACAGCGGAGGGAAGGGGAGAUGCCAUCAGGUCACAGCUGUGCCCUCCCCUCCCCUGUGCUCACUCCUGAGUGCGCGGGCGCUGCAGCAAGGUGGCCCGGGCAGGGGCCACUGCCGUGGGCACAGAGGGCGCCCGCUGGGUGCAGGAGCCGUUUCCCUCAACGCAUGUGGACCAGGUCAGAGCAAGUUAGGUGCGGACUCCGGGAAGAGGGGACCAGACAGGAUGCAGAACCCGUCUCCUUGUAGGUAGUCCGGCUGCUCUGUGAUGGGCUGAGUAGGAAUGAAACCUGCUGGCCCUUUUGUUCAUGUCUGUUACGAAUAAGUUUGCACCGACAGCUGUAUUAGGAAGUUAGUUUUAAAACAAUGAGCUGGGUGGGAAAAGUGAAAGUGUAACUGCUGGUAAGCCAAGGCUAUUUUAAUUUUUAUUUUGUGGGACAGAUGUAACUCCUUUGAUGUAAGAAACAGGCAGGAGAGGCUGGGAGGGGGGCUGGCGUCACAGCUUGCACGUCCAAUUAUGACAUUUUCAAUUACAAUCUUUGUAAGACUAUUAUGUUUCAACCUGAAUCUUGACAUUAAAGUAUAUGUUUACAAAAUUGCCAGUUAGAUAAACUAAGUGUGUAAGACGAUUAAAUAGAGAAAAGACAUUCACGGACAUUUUCUUCCAUGUUAUUUGAAUGUGUUGUUUCUGGUGGACAUGUCAAGUUUCACUGUUUUUUUUAGAUCAAAAAUAAAUGACAAAUAGUGCAAGA